AUGAAUAAAUUCGAACUUGAUGAAACAUUGAUAGAAAACGCCCUAUUUUCCGAUGUUAUCAAGGCAAUCUCUGAUAAAUUUAAAACAUUCAAAGGACAAAUUAAAAUAGAUGGAGAGAUAGUCGAGGAAGGGAAUCACAGACAAUACAUGUCACUCCUCGGUUUCAAUGGCAAAACCUUUCACAAUAUCUUUUCAAAUAUGGACAAAAAAUCCGAUGCUUCCGAUUGGUAUUUUACAGGAAAAAUAAUUUUAAUGAAAGACAAUUUCCAAGAAAUAAAAAGAUCGAGAGUUGGCAGAGGAGGAACUGAUCUGCUUAAAAAGAUCAAUGAAUACGAAGGCGAAAAUUGUUACAUACCUACAAAUGGGCACUGUUUUAUCAAAUGCGUCAAUCGUGUUUUGAACAAAGAUUUAACGUGUAAAUUUCAAGAAUACAUCAACGGGUUUUCAAAAGCAAAUAGAAAAGGAGUGAUGACUUGUGCUAGAAUGAAUGAAUUCAACAAGAAAUUCAACACUUCGUUUCAAAUUUAUAAUCCCAAAAACAGACAUUUUCACCCCAGAGACGUUCACGAUGAAUUAGAUUGGGUUUUGUACUUACACAACUCGCAUUUCUGUUUGAUUAGAAGAAGCCAAAAAAGUUUGGGAAUUCAAGAAAUAGAAGACAAUUACGAACAGGUGUGGAAAACGUGUAGAGACGACAACGCAGUAACACAGGUUUCACCCCUCAAACUAAACGUGCUUUCGAGUAUGAGCGAUGAUGCGUUAUUCGCUUGGGAUUGCGAAACGUAUUCAGAAAAAGACACGCGAAGAGCAAUUCCAUAUUGUUGCACUUUAAUUAAUCUAGAAAAACUAAGGAAAAUGUUAAACAGAAUAAAUAAUCUAUUUCCAGAUUUAAAGCCUACAGAUCCCAUUCCAGAAGAAUUUUAUGAUAAACUAAUGAAUGUAGUAGAAAUAUUUUUAGGUACAGAUUGCAUCGAUCAAAUGUUGAAAUAUUUAGGUCAAUAUGAUAGAAAGAGAUUAAUAUUAAUUUCUCAUAACGGCAGUGGAUUCGACAACUGGAUCGUGCUUAAAAAUGCAAAAAAACUAACGCAUUGCCCUUUAAAAACACCCAGAGGAAUUCUAUCUUUUCCUUUAUCUAAUCCAUACACGGAUGAAGAUUUACAGAAAAAAUGGAAAAGACAGAAAGAAAUAAAGGGUAAUUAUUUACAACAUAUUAAUUUCACGUGUUCCUAUCAACACGAAUCCUCUAUUUUGGCUGCAUGGGGAAAUUCUUCCAAUCUUCCCGCGAAUUUGAGAAAGAUUGCCGACGUAGAUAUCGCUAAAUACACGCAAGACAACUGGGAGGAAUUGAGACACGAAUGGGAACCUUACGCCAAGAGAGACACUCUCUGUUUGGGAGCUUGUUUGAUAAAAUACAACCAAGUGACGAAAGAAGUUGUAAACCAGAAUAUGUCCAAUAAUCUAACGGCUCCAUCUUUAUCUUUAAAGGGUUGGUAUUAUUUAUAUCAUUACGAUAAAGAAAUGGUGGAAGAAGAAUGUGAAUAUCCGAGAGCAGAAAGUGGAAGACCGUUUCUACCAGAAGAAGAAAAAGAAUUUGUAAAACUCUUCAAUAAACAAAAAUUCAGACUUAGAACAGCUAUUUUAACAGUGUGGUUUGAGUAUCCCAAAAACAUGUUCUUCCAACCGAUACCAGCUAAAGAUAAAAUCACUUUCACGAAUAAAGAAGGUAAAAAGGAAACUGGUAACAAAAUCAGGUUCAGAAAUGGUUUCUGUCACGACGUUUUAACAUCGGUCGAUAUUCAAGAAAUAGUGAAAGCCGGUGGACGAAUUAUUAGAAUAUUAGAUGGUAUAGUUUACGAAGAAAAUUUUAAAACUCCACCCUAUAGAGAUUAUAUUUUAAUUUUGAGAGAUUUAAGAAAUAAAUAUAAACGAGAAGGUAAUAUCGUGGGUAGUAACUGCAUGAAAUUAUUAGGUAAUUCCUUGUAUGGUAAAUCAAUUCAGAAAGAUAUAUUCACAACUAGACAUUUAUGGAAUGAAGCAACUUUACAGGCCAACUUUGAUUCACGCGUUAAAACCUAUGAGAAAAUUAAUGAUACUCAAUAUAUUGUUGAAACAGAAAUUGAAGAAAAAGAGAUUACUACCGAAGACAGUAAAUCUACAGGACUAACACCUAGUCAUUUGGGAUCAUUCGUUUUAUCUCACAGUAAAAAAAUAUUGAACAAUUUCAUUCACGUCAUAAAUGGAUUUUAUAAACCCGAAAUAUACUAUACCGACACCGAUAGUUUGUACAUUUCAUCCAAAAAUUGGAAAAAACUAAACAGAGCUGGCUUGGCACCAAAAGUCAAAUACAACAUCGUACUAACUUCUGAUGGUGUUUUAAAAGAAAAGAAAACGUUUAAAGGUUAUUCUAACGAUAAGAUAAGUGUAGAAGAUUACGUUCAGUUAGCAAGCGGACAUGAUGUGUCGAACGAAUUUAAUAAACCAUGGGAAAAAAGUUUCACCAAUGGAGUAGUUAUUCCAAAUGAUAAACAAACUAAAGUUUUUAGAAGUUAUUUGAAUAAUGUUAAAAGAAAACCACCAAACAGUGAAGGAAUUAUGUAUCCUUACAACGACAAAGAUGAGUAUAGUUUUGACGAAAACUAUGAAUUUGAUGAUUCCGAUUAUCUUUCUAAUCAAGAAGAGAAUGAAGAUUGUUUUAAAUGA